UGGUGGUCUAGGGUUUAUAGUACCACUUUAGCUGUUACUCGUAGUCGUUUCAUCUGGCUUUUGUUUGGGAUGAAGGCAUGUUUGCUGGUUGCUUUGCCUAGUCAAUGUUGAAUGUCAUAUCUACAUAGUCAACGCUGGUUAUGUUCCACAAAUUCCCAACGUUCCUCCCUCAUUCUGCUUUGUGAGAUCAAAGACGAAAAUGGAGUUCACUUUGGGCGAUAACAGUCUCAAAACCUUUUCGCGAUGCAUCACUUGUCUCUCUCGGAUUGGAAAUGAGCUCGCAAUUCAAGCCUCUUCCUCUCAGCUUCUUUUCCACACUAUUAAUUCAUCGCGUUCUGCGUAUCAAUCCAUCACCUUCAGACCUGGCUUCUUUGACGUCUAUACGGUUUCUAGUAACCCCGUGCAAUGUAGUGUGCUUUUGAAGGCUGUUUGUUCUGUGCUUAGGACACCUAUUUCGAAUAUCGAUCGUUUGACCGUGAAACUACCUGAUCCGGAUGCUCCCAAGGUGCAAUGGAUAUUGGAUUGCUACAGUGGUAUGAGGAAAACCUAUUGGAUUACUUGCAAUGUUGAACCUGACAUACAGCACUUGUCCCUUGAUCGGCAAAAGUUUCCAAGCAACUUUAUCGUGAGACCACGAGAUCUGAACAGGUUACUAGGUAAUUUUCAAUCAUCUCUUCAAGAGAUCACCAUCAUAGCAACAGAACCUGCUUCUCUACCUCCAGAUGCUGCAAAUGAAAUUGGAGGGAAGGCUGUUGAAUUGCGAAGUUAUAAUGACCCUACAAAAGACAAUGACGCGUCGCUCCAUACCCAACUGUGGAUAGAUCCUAAAGAGGAAUUUGUGCAGUAUUUUCAUACUGGAGACCCAAUUGAUGUAACUUUCAGUGUAAAAGAACUGAAGGCAUUUCUUUCAUUUUGCGAGGGUUGUGAACUUGACAUCCACUUACAUUUUGAGAAAGCUGGCGAGCCUAUUCUUAUGGCACCAUACUUUGGUUUGGAAGAUGGGUCCCACUCAAAUUUUGAUGGUACCCUUGUACUGGCAACAAUGUUAACAUCCCAGCUUCAUGAAGGUGCUGCCGCAGAACCUCCACAAGUGGCCACCAGAACAAAUGCUCAAAAUGAAGAAAGAAAUGAAUCUCACAUGCAGCAAGAGAACUGCAGAUCAAAUGCGUCUGAGCUUCCAUCUGACCACACCCGUAUAUGGUCCGACCUCUCAGGAAGCGCCAUGAAGAACAUAGGUGCUUCGGAGGAAAGGCAAGCACAGGCAGAAACAGUUUUGAAUGAUAACGAACAAAGAGAAAUUCAAAGAAUCAGUAGAAUGCAAAUUUCAAGAGAACCAUUACCUGCUGGAAAUAAUCCCAUUGAAUCUAAUUCCUGCCUACCAACUAAAAUGGAUCAUGCACACGGGCCACAAGAUGUGGGACAGAAUAAUGAUCGAGGGUUUUCACAGCAUCACCAAAGUAAUUGGGUAGGGGCUGAAGAGGAUGAUGAAGAUGAUGGGGAUGGGGAUGAGAAUGAGCAGUACAUCCAAGCAACACCACCAUAUUAUGAAGAAGACUAGAAUAGUAACCUCUCAGAUAAGAGUAAAGGUCCACCAUUAUCUAGGAUCUUUGGUGGAAGCUUCCACUCAGCCGCACGCCAGAACCUUAUUUUCGUGUCAUGAUACUUUAAAGUUCAUCUUGGCGAGAGAAGUAUCAAAAGAACUAGGAUUUGGGAAGUAAAUAUACUCACAAGUCAGUGUUGACAGCGACAUGUUCCUUUUGUAUCGAAUGAUUCUUAGGGUUGGUUUUCUUUAUCAUGAUGCACCCUGCUUCUCUGAGUAUCUUAGGAGGGUUGUAUUUUAUUUUAUUUUUGACAUUAGUUGUGUAUAGCAGCAAAGAGUUAACGUUUGUUUGUAGCUAUUACUCCCAAAAAACUUAACUGCAAUUCAAAGAAACAUCACUAUCUUCAA